UUCAUAUCACCCUUUUUGUUUCUCUCUUUGUCAUUGAAACCUUUUCACCCCCUUCAUAUAUCCUUAAUUCAGCAAUGGCGAGCCACGACAAAGCCCAAGAAUCUAGCACAACCAAAAAGGGCAUCUCGCGAAGCAACAAAGCUGGUCUCCAAUUCCCUGUUGGUCGUGUUGCUCGAUACCUUAAGACUGGCAAGUAUGCUGAGCGUAUCAGUUCUGCUGCUCCCGUGUAUCUCGCCUCUGUUCUUGAAUAUCUUGCUGCUGAGGUUUUAGAGUUGGCCGGAAAUGCUGUAAUGGACAACAAGAAGACUCGAAUUAUGCCUCGCCAUAUCCAAUUGGCAGUUAGGAAUGAUGAAGAGUUAAACAAGCUUCUCGGAGAUGUGACCAUCGCUAAUGGUGGUGUGAUGCCUAACAUUCACAGCAUGUUGCUUCCUAAGAAGGUUGGGACCUCGACCUCAACCUUUAUGGGUGCUAGUGUCAAUGACAAUGAUGCUUAAAUGUUUUUUUUUUUUUUGCCUAAGUUUGACCCAUGUUCCCCUUUUGUAAUAUGGGUUCUUUAUGAUUGAAUAAUUCAUAAUGUCAAGAUUGGCAUAAUAUGAUAACAAAUUGGGUUUAUGUCAAUCUUUUCUC